CUAUAAAAUAAAAGUAGCUAGCUGUGUUGGGAGAGUUCAAGUCAUCGAUCGAAGAUGACGAACUCCUUUGAGCUUAUUUUUCCAACCAGCCCAAAGAUGCAGAAGAGAGGAUCAUUGUCAUCAGCCGGAGGAGGAGGCAGCAGCAGGAGCAGGACUGAUAUUAAUCUCUUGAUGGAGCAUGGAAUGAUGACCGAAAUUCUGAUACGUCUGCCUACCAUGGAGGAGAUACUCCGCUGCAUGGCCGUAUCCAAGCAGUGGUUGUCUCUAAUUCAAAGCCCUUGUUUUUCAGCGGCUUAUACUCUUCAUAAGAUGAAGGAGAUGGCGGUCGCAGACAGCCGCAGUCUGGUCCUGAAUACCAACGGCCGCGAAACAGCCUCAAUCUUGACCAGCCCCAACAUCCACAGUGGCAACCAUAGCAGCCGGCUGAGCAACUUCUCCAUUGAUUUCCUGCCCUACCAAUCCUACGAAGACAGCUUGCAAUACUUUGAGCUGAAGCCUACCAAUAGCAAUACACCCACCGCCGACGAAAACCUCUUUCAACUAAGCCGUGUUGAAUGGAGGAAAGCAUGGGCACGAUAUGACGGCAACUACCAAGGCCUGUCGGUGCCGUUUCAGCUGCCGGAGCCCCACUCGGACCCAAGUCCAGAUACUGGACUCAACUACGAGGACCGCACUGGCCGACGGAGAUUCAGGCACCACUACAACCACGUCGUCGGCUCGUCCAACGGCUUGCUUCUCUGCUCGCCUUUCCCCGGCUACCCAAACAUGUACGCCAUCUGCAACCCUCACACCAAGCAGUGGUACCCGAUUCCGAUUCAGCCCCCCGAUUUCUCCAUCCUCGCCCACAUCGGUUUCAUCGUCCUCGAUCGCUCCUUCAUCAUCGCCCGGAUUCCCCUCAGCAUGGCCCCGCGCCGAACCCAGCUCGACCUGGAAGUCAUGUCGUCCCAAUCCGCCGAGUGGACCGCCAAAUCGGCUCCCCUGCCACGCCCGCUGCUCUGCCCCGACCCUGACUACUCAUUUUUCGACGACGGCAGUGUUAAUCUCGCCGUCAAUCUACACAACCGAUGGCUCUGCUGGAUGCUCGGGGGAAAGCAGCAGGUGGUGCUCUACGACGCCGUCAACGGUGUGGUGGAUUGGGUGAUCGAGCCUCCACGGCGCACACUAGACGGGAUUUGCGUCAGCCAGGGCCGCUUGUGGGCCGCGAGCCUCUGCCGUUCAACCCUCAUCGUCUUCGUGGCUGAAAAUCUACCGCCACAAUCAUCAUUUCCUCAGCAACAACCAUAUUUCAAGCGGAUGAACAAGGUUAGUUUGACCGGUCCAUGGGACUCGCUGAUCCCGUUCAUAGCUCAAGAUUUCGUCAACCCAGAUGAUCCAAACACCAACAACAAAAUCCAAAACAUGAUCCAGGGGCCUAAGCUCGGGGACGUCUUCCUAACUAUGAACCCACAUGAUUCCAAUCAGGUCUACCUUACUUUCCACAACCGUUUCCUCGCCCUCUUCCACAUAACUCAACGAACCCUCAAGUUGAUUGGAGGACAAGGAAGCUUACACACGGAAUCGCACCUCUUCAUAUGUGACAACCCCUCCUGGCCAACUCCACUCCCUACCCUUCACUUUCCUCCUGCUUCAUCUAGAUAGAGAGGCCAGCUAGGCAGUUGGCUUCACGAUGACUAGUUUAUACAUUCAAUUCAAGAACGUUUGUUUCAUAACAUUGUUUGGUUAUUGAUUUAUUUUGUUUGCAACCAAACUAGUAGUAAAUCCUCCAACAUGUAAUAGCAGAGCUUUUUUUUAGGAUUCUCAGCAUUUCAAAUUCCUGGUGCUGAGAGCCACAAAAUUGACUUCCCACCUUUAAUAAAUACACAAAGUUAUG